AUGGACAUAAAUGUAAAUAUGGACCCAAAUGUAAAUAUGGGGCCCAAUAUCACUGUACAGAGAUAUGUUUCAUCUGUGAGUGAUAUUAAUUUGAUACUUGAAGAAGAGAGUGGCAUAGGAAAUAUGGUUGGUGAAGGAGAAAAACCAAAGGCAGUGAUAGUGGGAGGUAGCAUAGCAGGUCUAUCAACUGCACGUGCUCUUACCUUAGCUGGUUGGGAUGUUCUUGUGCUUGAGAAAACUAUUUUAUCUCCGACUGGAAGCCCCACUGGUGCUGGUCUGGGACACAACUCUUUGUCCCAACAAAACAUUCACUCAUGGCUUACACAAUCACAACAACUCCUAAACAACACCACUUUACCUCUAACCAUUGAUCAGAACCAUGCAACUGAUAGUGAGAAGAAGGUUAACAACACAUUGACAAGAGAUGAGAGUUUAAACUUCAGAGCAGCACAUUGGGCAGAUCUUCAUGGCCUUCUGUACAAUUCACUGCCAUCAGAUAUAUUUUUAUGGGGUCACCUUUCUUUCUCUUUCCAUGCUGUGGAUGAUAAGGGUUCUGUCAUGGUAAAUGCUAAGGUUCUAGAAACUGGCAAGCAUAUGGCUGUCUCUCUUCCAUUUGCCAGAAAUAUCUCCCUGAUUUUAAACUCAGAUCCUUUAGCGAGAUCUGGUAUCUUCUACAGAUAUUCAGGCUAUUGUGCAUGGAGAGGGGUUCUUGAUUAUUCAAAAAAUGAGAAUUCAGAGACCAUCACUGGUAUCAGAAAGACAUACCCUGAUCUAGGAAAAUGCUUGUACUUUGACUUGGCGUCAGGCACACACACUGUGCUGUAUGAGUUGCAAAACAAAAAACUCAAUUGGGUUUGGUACGUGAGUCAGCCAGAGCCUGAAGUUAAGCUUUCUACUUUUCGGGGGACAUCAGUGACAACGAAAGUAAAUAGUGACAUGAUCCAGAAGAUGCAGCAAGAGGCAGAGAAAAAUUUCAUUCCUGAGUUGGUAAAGGUCAUAAAAGAAACAAGGGAACCUUUCUUAAAUUUCAUAUAUGAUAGUGAUCCCUUGGAGAAUAUAUUUUGGGACAAUGUGGUAUUGGUAGGGGACGCCGCUCACCCCACCACUCCUCACUGUCUUAGAAGCACAAACAUGUCCAUAUUAGAUGCAGCAGUGUUAGGCAAAUGCAUGGAGAAGUGGGGAGCAGAAAAUCUUGAAUCAGCUUUAGAAGAGUAUCAGUUCAUUAGGCUACCAGUCACCUCCAAGCAAGUUUUGCAUGCAAGGCGUCUAGGUCGCUUGAAACAAGGGCUGGUUCUACCUGAUAGAGAACCUUUUGACCCAAAGUUAGUUAGGCCAGAGGACUAUCAGGAGCUUCUACUGGGGAACACACCAUUCUUUAAUGAUGUGCCUGAGUUACUUGGUUUAAUACCAUCUUCCAGUUCCCCAUCUGAUUGCUUGUAG